AUGGGCGCACGUGGGAAUGACCCCUACUUCCGCUUUCAUCCCCCCUACGCACAGCGCAAGUACCACAACAUCUCCUGUUUCUGGGAAAAACAACCCCGAGGCUGCCUGAGGAUCAGCUGUACUUUCCAUCACAGCAAACCUCAAUAUAUCAAUGGACUUUUUUUGCCACCCACUAACAAUGCCCCACUACAACAGGCUGCCCACCAAGGGAUUCUGCAUCCAGGCCCUCAUCAGCAACCCCACAGAAAUCAACACAACACUCGACUGCCAAUUCACCCACCGCUCAUCAUAAACCUCCAGGACGACGAAGAUGAUGAGGAAGAGGAGGAGAACUAUGUUCCUGACUGGGUGCCCAAGACUGCUGAAGAGAUCGAAGAGGAAAGGGCAAUAAAGGAAAUAUGCUAUAAAUCUGGAGAGUAUUACAGGAUUCAGCCCCCUCGUGAACACCCCUCAACAACAACCGUGUCUUCGCCUUGGGAAAAAGAGCUGUCCCCCGUGGAAGCCACCCACCCAGACUUGCAGAAAGGCAAAUUACCUCCAUUUUCAAAGGCUUUGCCGUCUGUGCUGCCAAUAUUCUCAAUCGCUACUGUGUUUCCUGAAGGCUCUCCUUCUCUUUCUGCGUUAUUCAGUGUGGUGGGAAUUGUAUUGCCAUCACCUGGAAAGGCAAGAGAAAGAAGGGUUUACCUGCUUGCGGAAACGAGAAGAAAGUCUUCUUUUGACUCCGCAGGACCACCGCUGUCUGCGUACAUCGUCUCCCGUGCCUUCACUGCCAAGACAGCGCCAAAGUUCAGUGAAGCUACAGCGGUGCCCGAGGCACACGGUCUAAAAGGCCCCGAGCAAAAGAAUCAGCUCCACACAAAGACAAGACCUGGGAGCCAAGCGCAAAACUACGGUAAUACUUACAUAGCCAAGACGAUGUGCAAGUCCACAGAAAAGGAGACCGCCAGCUUCCACACGGGAAAAAGAAGCAGCGAGGACUUCAAUUUACAAGAACAAGGGAAUUAG